AUGUACAAGUCGAAGCUGCAAGAGCUGUGCCAGAAACAGAAAUUGGGGAUGCCCAAAUACACAUGCAUCCGAGAUGGUGCUGAUCACUGCCCUCAGUUUAAGGCCUCCGUCGUCGUCGCCGGCGCCGCCUUCCACAGCCCCUCCGCCGCCAACUCCUCCAAGCAAGCCUAUAAUCAAGUCGCUCAGCUUGCCUUCUCCCAUUUCACUUCUCAAAAAAAUGUUGGUAAGAAAGAAGUUGAGACCUCCAAAUCGUCUGUCGAUCACAAUUUGCAUCAAGCAUUCAAGAACAAACUUAGGAUGUACGCUCAAAGAAAGGAUCUCAACCAGCCAGAAUACAAGACUGAGAAAGAGGGGGAUUGCUUCAAGGCCACAGUUUCCAUUGCUGAAGAGUCGUUCACGAGCAACGAACUCUGCGCUUCUGCAGAGGAGGCACAGAAUUCUGCUGCAGCCACUGCUCUGCUAGCCUUAUUAACUGAUGCAUUUCAUGAGAAUUACAAGGCCCUCCUCCACAAAGUGGGGACAGAGGAAGGAUUCUUCCCUCCCGUAUACAAAACGAUUAGCCACGGCUGCGACUCAUUCUCCAGCACAGUUGAAGUCGAAGGAGAGGUUUUCGAAGGGGCUGCAGCUCAGUCCCAGAAACUAGCAGAGCUGAGUGCUGCUAAGGCUGCGUACACCGCCUUGAUUGAGCGUAAGCUGUUCGAGCCCCGUGAUGAGGCUCUCGAAGUUGCACAUCGUUUUGAGUCAUGCGACAUUUCCUAUCCUCAGCAAAAACAUGAGAGCAUUGGUGAAAGUGAGAUGAAGAGUAGUUACCUGCUGUGCAACAGAGUUCGAGUGUUUACGUGCAUGCCAAACGUGGCCUUGCCGGAGGGCACGCUUGUGCUGCCCAUCAGCGAGGAUCGCUGGGCCAUGGUGGCCUUGGAAUUCCCCAACCGAUGAUCUUCUUCAUCGAACUCUACUUCGUUUUCUACUAUGCAUACUCAAGUUCAGCUACUUUCUAUGUAAUGGAUCUUCUAUUUCGAAUGUUUUGUACUUUUAUAUUGUGCUCCUCCUAUGUGCAUCUUUAC